CAUGAAGACUCUUAGUCACUUAAUAUUAUAAUUGCCAUAUUAGUUAUAUAGAUUUAGAGCUUAUAGAGUGGCGGGAGCGGUAUAGAUCGUGUGGAUAGAUAGGGUUUGUAUAAAACGUCAUACAUGUCGAUUUACAAACUUGAAAGCUCGGCAAUGGGGGCGAAAGGAUCCCUGCCGAAGCCGAGCCGACGGUAUGCGGGGUGCGAAAACGUAACGGGCUCACAUUUGUUCCAGUUCCAAUCCUCCAAUUGCCAAUCAGACCACAGCCAAAUGGGCAACAUAAUUCAUUAUAGUUAACAAAAUUCGCCUCAAAAUCUUGACAUGCACUCCUCAUAACCCUACAGAGAACAUCUAUAUAAACCUCUUAGCGGCGGCGAGGCAUGCCACCGGCUCGCUAAGCUAUGCCCCCGGCCUUGUUAAGCCAUGCCUCCCUCUCCGCGCCGACGACACUCACGACAACGACACCGCCGAUGAAUAGACCUCGAGAGAUAGAUGCGCGUGGGGAGCAUGGACCUAGAGGUGCUGCUGUCUGUCCCACCGACGACGAGGCUGUGACGCCGAGGGCGCGCCCGAAUAAACAGAGCCUAGACUACCUUUGGCGAAGUGGGCUCGCCGGCGGUCUUGCAGGAUGUGCUGCUAAAUCACUUGUCGCGCCGCUUGACCGAGUCAAAAUCCUCUUCCAAUCCUCCAACCCACAGUUUGCGAGAUAUGCCGGGUCCUGGGCUGGCGUUUUCGCCGCGAUGAGCUCGAUAUACCGAGAUGAAGGCAUCGUCGGACUCUACCGCGGGCAUUCUGCUACGAUCCUCCGUAUCUUCCCUUAUGCCGCCAUCAAGUUUCUGGCGUACGAGCAGAUCCGAUCCGUCAUUAUCCACAACCCCGAGCACGAAACACCUAUCCGACGACUACUCUCCGGCAGUCUGGCAGGCGUGACGAGCGUCUUCUUCACGUACCCUCUCGAAGUUAUCAGAGUGCGCCUGGCAUUCGAGACGAGGAAAGACCACCGUAAUGGCUUCACCGACAUCGUCAGGACGAUAUACCACGAGCAGCCGGCGGCGCGCCGGCCAACCCCGUCAAUAACCUCAACUUCUGCGCCUGUCGCAACCAUCCAAGCAGCUGAGAAGGUUGCCGUCGAAACGCUUCACAAAGUCGCGCCCCGAGGCGGCCUGAUAAACUUCUAUCGUGGGUUCUCGCCGACGAUGCUGGGGAUGCUUCCGUAUGCCGGAAUGUCAUUUUUGACUCACGAUACUGCGGGAGAUUUAUUACGCCAUCAUUCUAUUGCGAAGUAUACCACAUACGCCAGGCCUGCGGGGUAUCCUGAGGGAAAGCCUGAUCCAUUGAAAUCUUGGGCUGAGCUAUUCGCGGGUGGUAUUGCGGGGUUGGUGAGCCAGACCUCGAGUUACCCGCUGGAGGUGAUCCGGAGACGCAUGCAAGUUGGUGGAGCAGUGGGAGAUGGACGGCGGUUACGUAUCCGUGAAACGGCGGGGAUUAUAUUCAAGGAGAAGGGCUUCAGAGGGUUCUGGGUGGGACUGAGUAUUGGAUAUGUGAAGGUUGUGCCCAUGGUUGCUGUGAGCUUCUUUGUGUAUGAGAGGGGUAAGACGUGGUUGGGUAUUUAGAUUAGAUCUGCUGAUAGCAUAGCUUUGCGGAAGCGUUAGAUUAGAGGAUACCCAGCGGAAGGAGUUGCGGUGGGAGGCAGCAUGCAUUGGUGCAUUUGUUGGCGUUUCGUAAAUACGUGGUUGGACAGCGGCUAGAUUUCAAAUAACAAAUAUAUAUAUCAG